AACUGCAUACCUUACUGUCUUAAUGACAGUUUUCAAACCCCAAGACUUUGUUUACAUUUAGUAUUUCGUAAAUUUACUCUUUAACAAGCUAAGUUGACAUCACAGUGAAACCAUACUACCUACUAUAUCAUGCGAAGAGAGUGAGCGAUAUUUUCCACAAUAAGGAAUAGUACAGGAUCAAACUACUAGAAAUUGAGAACAUGGAUGAACACUAUCCACAUCUCACUCAGCAUCUUCAUCAGUCUCUUUGGAGAAAGUUAUCACCUCGAGGUCUUGAGCAUAGGGUACAUGUACCCACAGCUAUUACUUUUCAUCGUUUAGUGCCAACAGCAUCAAGGACACCAAGAAGUCAUCAUAAAUUAGCUCAUCGUUCAUAUAAAUACCUAGACCCUGAAGAAAUUGCCAGAGCGCAGGCCAUGGCAAGGCUUGCUCUUCUGAGGGCUAGACUGUCCAAAAAUGAAGAAGCAGAACCAAUUCCAUCUGUUCAACCGAAGACUGGUGAAGGUGGAUCUCAAGAAAAACCUAAACUACUUGGCAAGGGUAACAAAGGCUUCAAAAGCCAAAAGUCUCCCAAAGGAGCUGUAAAGAGUGGGGAAAAAAGGGAUCAGACAAAGCCUAAUAAAGAGACUCAAACUCAAGGCCAGCAGUCAAGACCCAAAUUGCCAGUAUAUCGGGGUAUUGGUGAAACCAACCUACGUCUCCGGCAGAUUUCUAGGCUUUUAUCAAUGAUUGUAGAUUGCUUACAAGAUUUAGAAAAUUACCCAAAAUUGUCAAAGAAAAGAAAAGAUUUUGUUUCACCUCAUGAGAUUGAAAUAAAAAAUAAGCGAUGGAAUGAGUUUUUACAUUCAUCAGGCCGCAUGCUCUUCACCUUGAAACGAGAGGUUACUUCAAUGGAAAGAGCAUUAAAGCAAGAGGAAAGAAACCCAAAAUUUCUGAGGAUGCUAGCAUCAUCAUCUCAUAGUUUGUACAAGUUGUUGCAGGCACUAAAGACUUACUCUGAGGCAACAUUUCAAUCACCAUCUUGGAAGAAAUUGCUCAGCGAUCUAGUUGGCACGUGUCAUCGUUUAUUUGCCAUCACGUCAACCGUUGGGAUUCAACCACCAAAGAAAGUCAAGGCACUACCAAAAAAGGUUGGGAGUGGAACUGAAGAUAGUAUUGAUUCAUCUGAAUUAGCAUCUUCUGAAGUUGAUACCUGUAAUAUUGACAUUUUACAACCAGAAUAUGUGAGAGAGAAACUGUUGGCCAUAGCAAACAAGAACCUGCAAAAGAAAAGAAAGAAAAAGGAAAAUUAUACAGUUGCACAAAGAAAUGAAGAAAUUAUUUUGUCACCUUUGAAAUACAGUGGCAUAAGUAAGUAUAACAAUCAUCCAGUAGAAGGUAAAAUUCAGAAGACUCAAACAGCACCAAUGAAGUCUCCCACUCAUUCUCAAAAGGUGCAGUUUUUCGGGGAUUUUGAGAAAUACAGUGGUAGAGGAGAUGAACCAAGUUCUAGUGCAUUAGAUAGUCCUUCAAAAGCAGAUCCAAUGCACACACCCCAUCAGACAGAGAAGCCAUCUACUCAUGUGAGGAAACAGGUUAAUUCAGAAGGUACAGGUAUUAACACAAAUGAACAGAGGACCUCAGUAUGUAAACUGCAGGACCAUAAUGUGCUAGUUGAAGAGACUGCAAAUGCAGUGGUUAACAGACUAAUGCCACUUCUUGGUCAGGAAGCUGAGGAAAGAUUGGGAAAGAAACCAGCUGCAGGGGGCCCACCUACAGUAGUUUUGCCCACAGAAUCUAUACCCGUUAAGGAUAUUAGUCGUCAGAUACAAUAUAUGCUGGAGAGGGUUUGCAAAAUUGAAGAAGAACAAAAACAAAAUAUAAAUGUUAUUGGAGAGGUUUCAAGAAGACUAGAACAUAGGGUAGUUUUUCCUGAGAAUAUACUUCAGACAGCUAUUAAUCAAGCACAAAAUGUACUGAAUAAUCUCACUCGGAGGGAAGAACGAACUAAGAUAUUUGAUAGUCAUCUGAGAUUUCCGACCACAUCAAUAACAAUAGGUAGUCCUUAUGGAAACAUCAUGAAAAGUGACCAUGAAGCAAGACCAGAAAAAUUAUUGAAAACUACUAGUGAUGGUAGCAGUUAUGUGUCUCAAGAUAACAGUCUCAAGAAUAAUUUUGUUUUGAAUGAAGUACUUCAUGUCCCUGAAAGUGGCAAUAUCACAGAUCAGAUAAAAUUACAAAAGGAAGAAUUUUGGGCUUCCCUAGUUGAACAGGGUUUUGUGAAGCCUCCAGAACUUGCUGUAGAUGGGGUAACAGCUGCUAACAAGGCAGUAGAGUUGAUGAUGGAACAGAAUGUUCCCAGAAAUGCUGUCAGUAAAGACACAGCAGCCUUCAAAAUUACACACCACUCCACUAAUGUUAAAAGAGAUGCAGCUCUAGCCAAAGUAAAGAAAGAAGACAAAGCUACAUUAGUGACCUCAUUGAUGUCAUCAUAUUCAAAUUCAUUUGAAGCAGAGUCAUCUGAACAGACUCCGUGUUCUUCAAAACUUUCUGAUGAAGGUGUUAGUAAAAAGAGCUUUAGUAAUACAAAUGUUUCAACGUCUGUUACAGAACCUGAUAGUGAGAACACAGAAAACAGUAGGUCAGGUAGCUACCCCUCUUAUGAUAGCGAGAGUUUCUCUGCAAAGGAAAAAUAGCAAAUAUAGUAAUUUUAAAAAUGAUUUGCUCUUAACUGUAAUUAUACAUAUGUAAAAAACAAAAA